UCAGAUUAGCUGCCGUACAAUACAUAUUUAUAUAAAGUCCACAGCGCCACCUCCUUGCUGCGCUAGGCCCCCCUCGUCUAGCUGGCACAUUGCAAUAAUUUCCUUCGCCACCAAAAAAGUACGUCAUAAAAAGUAACAUUGGUUUAGAAUGAUUGGUGUAAACGAAACGUAACGCGGCGAUGGCGAUGGCGAUGGCGGGGCUAUCGAUCGACGCGGGCAGUCGGCGCCGGGCCUUAGCGCGGGUCGCACGUCUGUGUCGCGCACUACCGCACAACUAACCUCACUGGCCGCUCGCUGUCGACACCUCGCACACAACCUCCGCGACUAUCGUUGUGUACCUGAGCCGGUUUCCUGUUAUACACUUUACUAAGUUGAAGCAGUAAGGCAGACAAGAUGGCGGCCUUCGUAGCUAAGCAGAUGGUUGGCAACAAACUGAGUGCUGUGAAAGUACAAAAUCCCGAAGAAGGAGGAGGUGGUGGAGCAGCAGCAGGCCGAGCCCGACAACCCGCUCAUGAGGAAGAAGAAAACCCCUGAGGAGCUGGCCGCCGAGGCAGAGCUGGAAGACCAGGACGAGUUUACCAAACUGAAGAACACCAUCGAAACGCAAGUGAAUGAACUGAAGUCGCAGAUCGAGAGCAAGUGCGUGAUGCAGUGAGCGGCUCUCGCCGUACUGUACACUAUCUGAAUACAUGAUGUAGCUGAGCUAAGGUCAUUGUUACGACGUUGUUUCACACCCUGUACACAGCCACCACCCCACACAACCCCCGAUUGCGAAACAACAACAAUAAUAACAUUCCGUUCGGACGUAUCAAUCAUUCGCGCUCAAACUUUAUGUAGGAGAGAUUCGAAAAAUAAUUUUUUUCGGAACCUAGUUGGCUAAUGGCGCGUCGGUGCUUGAUAAUGAGCAAUAAUAUUUUUAUACAUUCAUAAAAAAUGUUGGAAGCUGCCCUGGACAAAGCGUGAAGCGCGACUCCGAAUGUACGGUCAAAAAGUCAUGAAAACCGAGCGGCCUCGCGUCGCCAGUGGAACAAUCCGUUUUAUAUGUUGAAGCUUGUGAUAUAUUGUUAUUUAAGUGUAAAGUUGAAAUAAUAUAAAUACAACUAGAUCGAACAUUGUUAUCUAUAUAAAAAUGGAAGAAAAUUAUUAUAAGAAUUCUAGCACGCGUGUAGACUCGACAUUCGACUAUUUAUCGCCUUCUCCUUCUCUAUUUCGCACUUACAUUGAAAUAACAAUGUAUUCGGUCCCGAAUCGACUGGUUUCAUCCAAAUUCCACGCUUUCCACGGCCGCCGGCCCCAACCCGGCCGAACUAUGCGCUCUUCCACUUUUGCCUCCGAAUCUCUAAAUCUUUUGCAUGCGUGCUUAUGCAGUGUUUAUCUGUGUCAACGUAUUUUGUUUAGGUGUACAUACAUGUAAUGACCUAGCCUUAAUAUCCACAUCGAAUAAAAUAGGUAAUUGUUAUGGUGUCGCGGUACUCGCCGCGCUAGUUGUCGUUAUCCAAUUCUUUCUUGCAUGUUUAAUAUAAGAUCAAUUUUCAUUUAGUGUUUAAAGUGUAAAAUAUUGUAGGUGAAGAGUAAUGGAUCGCGUUGUGUUACCGUUUCGCACGAAGCGUUGUUCUCGUCUAACGUUUUAUCGAUGUUUUACGCUUAGGUAUUAAAAUUAAAUAACACAUGGUAAUAACACGUGGUGUGAGCAAAUUAUUCGAGCGAUUACACCGUCUUGGGCAGCGAGGAGGCGACGUGUCGAGGUCAAGGGGCAGCGGGGUCGCUCUCAGUGCUAAUUGUUCGAACAAUGUUGUCCACGUAGUAAUAAACCUGCAAAUGCAAAAGAUUUGUUAUCGUCAAAAGCUGUGAUAUAAGAAUAAAGAAUAAAGUAAAGCGCGCAAGGCGACGACCGCUCGCGCUCUUAGCUCUACCCUGUCUAUCUUCAAUGUUCGUGACGGACGGGUCCCCUCACCUCUACUAGAUCUUACCUGUCCCGAUUACAAUUUCUACAAUCAGCACAUCAUGUAUUUUAUAUUUUUAUUUAGGCUCUUGACACGCGAUGCUUUUUGCCAUUAUCAAUACUUUAGUAAGUUUGGCAAAGUAGAUAUAUUAUAUGUAUAGAUCUCAUGUUGAGAUAGUUCAAGUGGUACAUAUAUUUAUAUACAUAAUCAUCAUAUUCGCUGCACACUGUAAUCCACAUUGUUUAAUCAUAUGACUUACAAGUGUAUGUAGUCACAUUUAGGUUAUAAUUAUUCGUACUUCAGAAUUGGUCAAUGUUCAGCCUUUAUAAAUCGAUACCGAUCCGAGUUGUCCGGCGUUCAAUCGAUAUAUCGAUUACGAACAAAUCGCAUCGCGUGCUAAAUACGAACAUUAUUUUAUAUUAUAUUCCUCUUACACUUAACGUUACGAUGCUUACUUGUUUCCGUUGUGCUGACAUUCUGUCAGUUACACCUACCUUCUCUUCACAUAUAUAAACUAAUCAAUAUACAAACAUGUAAAUAAAAAAGUAAUAAUUUCUGAUUGUUUAUUGAGAUUGCUACUAUUUUUCUGAAGUAUAAGAAUCGACUAUUUUUUCGCACUGUACUGCACACGGUAUUACUGACAUGGCUUGUCUCUCGUCUUGCCUCUGUCGCACGCAUGCUGUACGUAAGCUCUCAUCACGACUAUAUAUUUCACAAUGUAUGUGUGAGUAGCCGUUAGGUUAUAUAUAACAUAGUUGUAUCGCAUGUGCAUGGCAGACGUAGCUAAACGUAUGUAUGCAUUAAAUACUAUACUAGGAGUUAAGUACAUUGGACCUGUCUGGUGACCAACUUCUAUCAAAUCUAAACUUUCUUAUAAAUCCUCUCGUGUGUUAGAAUACUAAUCUAUAAACUUUGACUAUAUCUUCUAUCUAUCGUAGUUUAGUCUGCGUUCUACGUUGUUGACUUCAUGUAGAUCAUAGUUUACAUAAAACGUUAUUUUGGUAUAGAGCGAGCUCGUGGUGUGUAAUUGGGAGUGGGAACUUAUUGUCACUACUUUAAAAUGAACUGAACUGGCCGUCACCCCCAUCCGGCUGAAGGCCCGGUGGCCCAGCAAGAUGGCAGCGCGUUGCUCCGGCCGAUGAUUUUCUACGAUAACUUGUAAGGCUUUUUGCAUGACGUAGUUAACAAGUGUUAAAAGCUCUUGGCGUGUUGGUGUCGUUCUCUCUUUUAUUCAUAUUUUCCAAGUUGUUUGUAAUUAUAACAAUGUUUAGACGCUUCUAGAAGCUGUUGUACGCAUACGAUUAAGCUUUCAAUGUUCGGUGUAUAGUAUAAUAGUGCAACGUUGCUUACAUGUGUGAUUUCCGACGGAAUUUGGGUGAUAUCAAAUGGUUAUUGAAUUUAUUUCUUGCAAUGUGGAAGGAGUUUCUACGUCAGGUUUAUUUAUAUACUUAUGACGUCACGAUUACUGCUGCGACACAUCGAGCUCAUCGCCCAACUUGUUUUAAGAACACCAUUUUUUCCUGACGUAGUGAUAUAUUUCUUUUUAUAAUGAAGUAAAUUAAUAAUGACAAAUACAAGUUAGAAGUGUAGUUUAGACAUAAAAUAUAAUUGUAAAAUCAAAAGUUUUGGAUUCCGUGAAGAAAUGUAGUAUUAAUUUUAAGGAAUUCAAGAUGUUGCGACCAAUUUUUAUAUGUUUUGCCACGUGGGAGACAGUCUGAUGUCACAGUUGGAUGUUUUCAAAUCUUAUGAGUCUCAUACUCAGGGUAAUAUACUAUUUAUUAAUAGUCAUCCGUUUGUAGAAUAAUUGAGAUCGUUUUGGGUACCAGACAUAUGACUUUUUGGCCUACGAUGGCUUUACAAACGUUUCUUCUAAAGCUUGUCUCUGAAAGUACCCUUCCCGACCUGUAUUCUUAAUACUUCACGUUGUUCUUAAAUCCAUAGAGGAGUUAUGAAAUGGUAGACUAAAUAACAUUUUACGACAUUACUUGUUACAUUUAUUAAAUAAAGUAAUAAUGUUACGGUGUGGUGGUGCAUUUGUUCUACGGACACGUUCUGUCCACUAACACAUGUUGCUUUACUACCGUGGGUGAGACGUUAUGAGACUUUUACAGUCUGGUGUCAGCUCACAUCGCAUAAUACUGACAUGUAGAGAGAACCAAAAACACGGACUGGCAUCACAUUAUAUUACAUAGCAUGAACAAUUAGAGAACGACACUGUACCACACGUGCAAGAGCUCUUACACUAACGCCAGUAUUCGUUGAUAUUGUGACACUCGUUGGGAGCUCUCCGACAGCGCAGGUUACUUAAGAGCAGCAGCAGCAGCGCAGGUUACCACAGCCAGCAAUCGAUAUUGCGCUUCCUCUCACUGCGCUGUCCACGAAAUUGUCCCAUGUGAUUCUUAAUAGUUUUAUGAAAAUAUGUUAUAGUAAAACGGGGAGGAAAGUGUGUGUUGCCCGACUAUUCUGCCAAUAUUGUUGUGAUCUCACGACGCACGCAUUCUUCCUAGUCGGGUAUUGUUUAUAUAUUAUAGUUAUUGGCCCACAAAACACGAACUAGUUGGUUAGCUUUUAAUAUUAGUGACAUUAUUAGUGUUAAAAUAAAUUGCAAGUUUACAGAAUGUAAGAAACAUAUGUGAAUAUAUGUGAACGGGGUUCAUAUGUGUGUUGUCUUGUUAUAUUAAAGAGGAAAAGGUUAGUAGUUUAUCCACAAUUAAAUUUAAACUUAGGGAUUAUGAAUGAAUAACAAAAAAGGUUAUUGUUGAAAAUGUUUUUAGGUAAUUAAAAAACGGAUUGAGCUUCUGUGAACACCUUGUUGUUAACAAUAAGUUAGGAUUUUUUGCUGAAUUGUAGUUGAAAUGGCCGAACGGUACAUGUGAGACGUAACUCGGGAUCUUUACUGCGGUCACUUGUUUCGGCCUGUCAUCCUAAACCCUUUCUUGGAGGCAGCUAAGUUUCUUAAAGUAUGAAAUACAGAUCCUGUUCUAAUGUUAAGACAUUGAGUCGGCCGUUUAACUUGCAACUAUCUUUUGGCUGUACACAAACUGCCGUAAUCAACUCUAUUCUUAUAUUGAUAAGGUUAGUUUUCUUUUCACGACUGUAUCACUGUAGGACAUAGAUUCGCUUGUUCGCUGCCACUUUGUUCGCCAUAACUGUUGCGGAGCAUUGUUAAUAUUUAUUUACAAGGUCCCUAUUAGUUAUUGUAUAAAAGUUUAGAGGUAGCCAUUUUCAUAUGUACGUUAAGUUGAAUGUGAAAAUGGUUUAUCUAACAUGUUGUUAAAUAAUAAACUACAUUGUACCACUA